AAUUGAACGCGGUAAAAUUUCCCCCUCUCCAUUACCCAACUUCAGAGGCGCGAUGGCUGCAGUAGAGGGUCGCGGUUUUCCCUACAAAUUGUAUAGAAUGAUUGAAAACGAAUCAGACGAUUGGAUUAGAUGGAACGAGGUAAUUUUGUUUUCUCUUAAGCUAGCCUUUAUGAAUAUUUCCAAAGCGCGGUGGCCUUAAUCAACAGGACGGUGUGCUAGUCCACAGAUCAGUAGUAGUUGACAAUUUUAAUAUAUUUUAGGGAAUUUAUAUCGUGAUUCGCCCUUUCAAGUUCCCGUUUGUUGUGUACAUUUUGACGACCGUGGGAGUAGCUUGCAGAGCUGUUAAGUUUACGAAGUGAUCAUUAGGUAUUCUGAAGUUUGGCCAAAUUCUGGAAUUUUUUUUACUAACAGGGGAGCUUCAGAUUUCGCGUGUACUGUCACGUGACUUGGUGUUAACAAACCGUUUAAUAUUCAUUCUCAAUUUGGUUUUUGCUUGUAUACUAUUUUUUCCUCUGCUUGAAGUCUUUGAAAUUUGAAUAUUGAGUAUGGGACAUAAUUCUCGGUUUGCACUGUCAGGCAAUGAAAAAUAAAAAUGCAAACCACUCAAUACAGAGCGUCUAGAAUCUGGGAAAUGAAAGAAGAUCGAUAAAUAAGUAUAAAUGUACAAAAAGUCUUGCCAAAAAUCAGGUCUGUGCAAUAUUUCAAAUGCAAGAUAUUCGGAAAAACGAUUUACCUAAAUUUAUAAAGCUUUUUAUGGAAACGCCAUUUUGGAGUCCCUUUCAGGGACACCAAUAUGGCUGCCGGAUACCAACCGAAACAUCUGUUUUUGAGUUUUGCUACUAGCGCGUGAAUUCUUUGCUUGAGGAACUCAUAAAGAUUAAAGAGAGACAAGGAAUGUUUAGAUAGCAAAAUCUCCCAAAAUUGGUAAUAUUUUAAACCCACAUGAGAGCUCUCCCGGCCGUCAGCUGAAUGCCGUGUCACGCAAAAGCCUGGAACUUUCAGUGUCCUUACUGCAAAACGAGGAUCCCUUUGGAACCAAAAAUGUGUUUAUAUAAAGGUGUUUAAGUGCUGUAAUACCUCGUGAAAGUAGAAACUCAGAAGAAUCGAUAGUUUCUUAGUUUGAUUUUUUGUAACGUCACAUGCAAACCAAGAAUACUUUGUUACCCAUGUCUUCAAACCACCAGUUGCUAUUAUGGACUUUAAUUAUUAAAGUCCAUUUUCAUUUUACCACUGUAUGUUAUAGGAAUCUGUAUGAUUCACCAUUCCAUUUCACCAUUUCAUUUCUCCAGCUACAGUGACCUUCUCAAGAUUUCGUAAACAAAUGUUUUUCUGUUAAAUGAGCAAAAAGUAACUGUCCUUAUUGAAGUAAAAAGUGGCUGUAAAGUUUUUAUGGUAGCACGGUAGAAUGCGCCAUCAUGAAAGAAACCUUUUUAGCUUGUAUGUAUGUAAAAAUGUGUGAUGAAUAGUAGUGUCCACUCUCUGGCUAUAUUCUACUCCAAAUCAAUUUUGGUAUGUAUUGAAAUCCCGGUAAGUAGAGGUGGGGACCCAGAACAAGGGUUUGGUGCUGUUUUGCAGAUGGAGAAGAGGGGAGGAGGGGCUUAAUAGAGGAUUUUAUUGUAGAUAGAUUUGUUGGAAUUUUAUAUUUAAUAUGUAAGUGCUCAUGGUUUACAUUCACUGUUUAAUACAUUUAAAAUGGCUGCAUGGCAAAUUGUAAGGUCUUGACUAUAAAUAUUUAUUUCAUAUAUAAAGCCAUUUCCUUCUGUUUAUUAGCAAUAUUUAUCAUUGGAUGAGGUUUAUGCAGGGUUUAUUCUAGAGCAUGGCCUUGCGGGAUUUCUGCAGUUUUUGGAAAAAAAUGCCACAUAAAAUUUACGUUUCCGCAUCAAAAGGGGCGCAAAAAAAAUAGACCCAAGGAUAAGUUCUAAUUUUUUUUAAAUGAAGUAUUUGAAAACAUUACUGACAACAACACUGAUCUGACAUGGUUUCAGUGACCAGAAUUUAACAAGAACAGCCUUAAGGAACAGGUUAUGUGAGGAAUCCUUGGACAACUCGAUUACAAUUUCAAUUAAAGGACAUCCCUUUGUCCGAAUUUGAUUUUCAUGAGGCCUGUCAGGUAUGUCACACAAAAAAGAACAGGAGAGUGGAAAAGCGACGAUCUGAAUCACGAGUCACAGAGACUUUUUUUCCUAAAACUUGUUGCCUAAAAGAAACAAAAUUAUUCAUCCUAAUGUCGAAUGAAAUAACAGAAUAUAUAUCUAGCAAAGAAGCUUUUCUUUUAUGUUAAAGCAUUAGAGUCAUUUUAACCUCAUGCUCAGUACUUGCAAGUCUGUAAAUGAUAAUUUCAAUAAAUGUUCGUUUUCUCAUGGAACAGUCUGUACCAAUAAGUUCAAAUACCUUUUGGGGACCCCCCUUUCUUGAAAAAGGGUCCCCUCAAAUUACAGAAGGGGGCCCAUUUGACCCUCAUUGGCCAAUUGCUAGAAUAAACCCUGUUUUUGUGAUAUUUGGGAUAAUCAAUGUUGAGGAGAAACCUAGAUUUAUGGAUUCUGCAAUGCCAGGUAGCGCUGAUUUUCAAAAUUAACUGUUGGCUUUAAGCAAACGACCCGGAGUGGUCAAUUGAUAAAAAUCAAUAGCAAUCAAGUGAUUUUUAUCGAUUGAUAACGGAAAUUGGUGGAAAUCGAUAGACUAAAUGGCUGUGUCAAAUCGAUAUUAUUGAUUUUUCAUGAUUUUAAUGAUUUAUAAUGGUAAGUCCUACAUUGUUGUUUUUUGGCAUAAGCUACAUAGUACAGCUGAGAAAACACAUCCACGAGUAACAACUGAUCAACAAACAUGAAAAUAAGAAAUGUGGAAACUAUUACAGACGCAAGAUUCUCUUUAAAACCGUGACCCUUUUGCAUAUAAUAACAAAAAUGGUUCCGUUUAAUGACAUUCGCAGUUCUGGCAGGCAAGUACCACGAGAAAUACAACCUUAGAUAAAAAAUUUCCCAGCCAGAAUUUCAGACAUGCUCUAGAGUGUCUACAGUCAAAGGGAUGUCUGAAAUUCAGGCUAAAAGAUUUCCCUAGAUAGCUUUUCACCGUUUCCUGUUAUCAAUCAAUAAAAUCAGUUGAUUGCUAACCAUUUUUAUCGAUUUCUUUUUUUAUCUAUUGGCUACUCCAGGAAGUAACUACACGCGGAACUGAUGUUAUUUUGACAGGGUGGCAGAUCUAAGUUGUGAAAAAACUGGGCGCUACAAACCUGGCCAAUAUCGGCCAUCAGAAGAAGACUUUAUGGCGGGUUUUAAAGAAAAGAUAAGAUUUUGUCACACUUUUUUUUUUAAAAGUGAUGAUAGGUUGUUUGAUCCUUUGACUCUCAAUUGCUACUUUGUUGUCAACAAAUUUACUGUUUGCAUGGAAUCAGUUUUCAUUUUUGGAUGAACCGAGGAACGGAUGGAUGUAUCUUUCGAUGGAAUCGGUAAAAUCUAGACAAAUCAAGAAACAAAAUGAGUGUGUCAUUGAUUUUUACUGAUUGAUCGAUUCAGUCGAUAUCAAUCAAAUCAGAUUUACCAAUUUUUAUCGAUUUAUCGAUUGAUAAAGCAAUACCGAUUUCUAUUGAUUGACUACUCCGGGGAACGAGAAGACAGAUGAUGAGUCCAAAAUAAUAUUUAUGAUGAUGAAAGAUAAUUGACUUCUUGUUUUAAGCAACAACAUUCUUAGCAACUGCAAUCUGUUGUUGAAAUUGUCACUUUUAUUUCCUGCAGGAUGAUAAUGGCUUCCUGAUAUGUAAAGAUGAAGGAAGUUUUUUAAAGUUAAAAAUCUUUACAAGAUACAAGAUGGCAAAUAACUUUACAAACUUCAAUCGACAACUGAGUUACUGUAAGUAGCAUAAUUUGAAAUGGUAGCUGGGGUUGAAUUAUCAUGCUUGAUAAAGAGUGUUCAGUAACAGUUUUAUUAUUUAGCUGUUUGUGGUUGUUGUGCCAAGUACAUAGGUGUUAGAAAAGGAGCAGGGGGGGCUUUGCCCUCCCCCAUUUUUGUAGAAUAAUAAAUAACUUUCUUUUAAUUUUACCACGGUCAAUUACUCAUUAGAGCUAUUUUGGAAAGUUCAUGUAAACUUUCAGUUGUCUUUUUAAAACAAGGAACAACUUACUUAGCUGGUUGGAUUAGGACAUUUCUUUUUUUAUCUGCACUCCCUUCCCCCCAACCCCCUAUAGAAGGCUGUCCUAAGUAGGUUUUGUUGUCAGCACCAGUAUUGAAGAUUGCAUCGGAGGGGUCCAAAAUGUUGUUAGCCUGUUCGAGGCAUUCAGAUUGUUGGGAACACACCAUACUCCACUUUCCAAACACCUGGAGCAGGCUAAAAUGUUGUUUUAUUGCUUAUUGGUUGGAAGGGGGUGGGGGGGGGGGAUGGAAUGUUUAAUUUUAUUUUCAGCCCCCCAGUUUUUAUUUCGCUCUGCCUUCACUGGAGUAGCUAUUAUAAUAAUAAAAGACUGUUGGCAUGAAUGAUGACAAGUCUCAAUAAUUUGAUACUUGUAUUUUAGAUGGCUUCUCUUCAUACGGAACAAAGCAAGUAAAAACAGAACAAGGAAAACCAAUAUCUUACGGGUAUUUUCGCCAUAGAUCCAACUACUUCAGGAGGGAUCAUUAUGACUUGUUACAGUUCAUCAAAAAGGUAGACCAGUGUAUAUAAUGUUACAAACAAAAAGUUUAUUUAUAUUCGUUAUAUCAAUACUGCAUGAAAUAACCCAUUAUGAGUUACAGGUGGAAACGAGGCUGGAGUUGACCUUGUUUUGACAAAACCCUUCCUGCUUAAUUAUGUAAAUCUUUUUCUAAUGCUAACUAGUAUUUUCUAAGCAUCAAGGCCCACGUGCUGUGUAUUUUAUUGAUUCCGAAUGAAAACAGUGUAUCAUAAAGAAUACUCAACCAUCAAUUAAGGGUAUGUUCGAUUGCAAUCAAAUGCGAAAUGCAAGAAUGGAUUUCAGCACUGAGAUAGCUGUUUUUGGAUUUCCUGAAUUUUUACCGUUCGAUUGGGAGAUCCAAAAAGGAUUUGAAAAACUGUUCUUAAGAACAGCGGUCUUUCACUUGCACACAUUAUUAGCAAAAUGAAGACUGCUGUUCACGAGAAUAUUUUGCAAAUCCUUUUUCGGAUUUCCCAGUUGAUUAGUAUAAGGAAAUCCAUGAAAACAGUAUUUGGAUUUCUUAAUUGAAAUCCACCCUGAGGAUGGAUUUCUCAGAGGUGAAAUCCAUUUUCAGAUUUCGUGUUCGAUUGCAAAAUCCAAAAUCCAGAUUUAAAAAAAUUUAAAUUCGGAUUUCCCAAUCAAACACAACCUAAAUGAGAAUAUGGAAAACUUUAAGAGAAGAAAUCCAGUUUCGUGUAGAAAGCCGUCCUUUUCAAGGGUGAAUGGCAGCUAUGAAUUAAAGCAAUGGUUGUCUUUACACUAGGCUGUUAAGUAAGACUUAAGAGCCGCUAAGUUUCCCUUAACCAAAAGUUCGUGUGUGAAGGCCUAAGUAAAAUCUCAAGUAACUUUGCUUUGCAUCUCAUUAAAGUCGGAAAGUUGAAAUGAUUCAAGGAAGUUUCAAGCGACUUGAAAACCAUCCUUAUGACCAACUUAGCUGACUUGCGGUUUUGCGGUUUCUUGUGCUUUGAGAAAGGUGAGACAUGUCAAUCAGUCUUAAUUUUGUUGCGUGGGAAAAUAACCUGAAGUAAAAACAAAUCGGUUGUGUCUGAAACUUUAUUUUACCUGAAGUAAUUAAAAUUUACUUGUCUUGAAAUAUUUCUUAGCUUAUUUAGGUUAUAGUGUAAAGACUACCAAUAUGUUUCUCAUAAUAUUUGAAGCAAUUCCUGAUACUUGUUAUAUUUCCGUAAUUACUUUGUUUAGAAGACUAGCUUGACUUACAGCUUAAGAAACAAACAUGGCUGCUGUGUAAAGCACAAGGUUCAAAAACUCUAAAGUUGACAUCAUGUAAAAGUCAUGAAAAAUAACGAAGCGUUCAUUAGCAUUAUAUAACAAUACUGAUCUGAUUACUGUAGACUUGUUAAGAGCUUUUCAGGAAAGUGUGACAAUGUUUGUUCUCCAUUAUGGUAGUAAAACAUCUUAUACAUGACAGAAGGAAAGAUUGAAGGUGAUUUGUAAUCAAUGAGUAUCUUGUUCAAGAUCAGAUUUCAUCGAUCGCCCACCUGUCACAGGGCUUCGAUCUGAUAUUAUGCAAUGGUGCAAUUUCGCACAUCUGGCCUCAAAUUGCAUUCGAUCGCACAAUUUGAGGAAAAUCGCAUAAUUCAUAAAAAAAUGCUAAAUUCAAGUACAGUAAACAAAAAAAUCAAACUUUAAUUAAACACUUUUGCGAUCGUGAUGUUAUUUAAGUUGAUUUACCAUUAAAGAAAGCCUUGCAAGACAUCUGAAACCCUCAAUUGCAGUAUCUGGACAGCGAUUUUGAUUUCAGAGGCGAGCCAAGUGGUCAGCGGUGUAACGGCAUCAUGUAAUAUUAAACGAGUGUUUUUGUUCCUAUUUGUUUUCUUUUCCAGGUCAAGAUAAUGGGACAAAUUUAACUAUUUUGUUUUAAAAUAGAUGUUUUAUUAUUUUUUACAUUCAAAUUGCCUGUUAAACAACAUUGAAGUGAUUUUUGUCCCCUUUGAAACCUGGUAAAACAAUGUUAAUUAGCCCUGAAAAAAUCACACAAUUUAUUGCAUAAUAGUCUUAUUUUAUUGCAAAAUCUGCCCUGAAAAUGCUGCGUAAUUUCUGAUUUUUAUCACAUCCUAUCAGAAGGCCUGCUAUCAUGUUGCAAUACAUGCACAGUUCCAUUUCAGACAAUUUGACUCUAUUUUGUCAAAUAUUAUAAAAAUCAGAAUCAUAUUCGAAAUAAACUGCAACUAGCUUAUUUAAAACUCAUUCAAACUAUGUGAAAUGUAAUUUUAUUUCUGCAUUAGCUUUAUCCGCAGCACUUCACUUUCAAAUGACAACCACUAGUAAUUACCUAGCUUAGGUAUAUUUGUUUCAUGGAGUCAUCGUAAGACACUCACUGCUUGUUGCCUUUUAAUCCAAUCCAAUCAGGUCAGGAUAUAUUGUGACAAUGGAGAGUGAAAUCAGUGAUAAAAAUGAAAGCAACCAUGAUAGUGUACUUUGUUAAAUGAUGAGUGUUAGAGUGAUGUUUAAAGAUGAUAAAUAAAGGGUUGUCAGUUUUCAAUUUGCUUUUUUUGCUUUUCUUGCUCUAAGAAAAAUGAAGGAAGCCUAGUGCUCUGAACCUAAGAAAUCCAGAGUUCCCAGCAUAUGAUUUUUAUAAAAGACGAAGAUUUUCUAGUCGGCUACUGGGUGCUGCUAGAGCACAGCCUUGCUGAUUGCUGCAGGCCAGAAAGAUGCCAAUGAGUGACCAGUUAGAACAUGUUCAUGAUGAGCGAUAAGUAGUAAAGCUGAAAUUGACUUUAUCUUUUUUUGAGAUGAGAUCAGAUUUGCAAAACACAGCUUCCUGUACAUUUGUAAAAGAGUCACUCCAUAACAAGCAUAUUUCAAAACUUAAAUGUCUUUAACCAAUAAUUAUAAGGAGAGGAGGAGAAAAAAUUGAUGGCACGCCUAAUUGUUAUUGUUAUUCUGACACAACUUGCUAUGAAAUUGUACAUGUUGUUAUAUUGAUGCCAAGUUAGAGCACUCAUUGUGUCUUGGUUAGAGUUAUUAUGUUCAAAUGUAAAAUGUUUAACAAUGUUUAAAAUGCCAGGUGUAACACUUUUGAUGUUGGCGGUGGUGGGUCAUCCCAAAAUGUGUUCCCUUAUACGGUUGGGGCGGGGGCGGGUAAUAUGCCAGAGAAUUUUGGCAAGCUGGGGGGUCAUACAAGUUCCAAAUGACUUUCCCCCCAAUUUGCACCACACUCUCCCCACAAUCCCAUUAAAAGCUAAACCUCCCCUAAUUGCAGAAAUACAAUAUUGUGAUUGGCAAUGGUGGUAAAUUAAUAAAAUAAUUUUCUUUGCUUUUUAUUAUUAAUAGUCAACGCAAGGAACUAAAAGAAAUUCAUCCAUGGAAGGUAAGAAGACAAAGUUUUAUUAUCAGUGGCUGUGGCUUAUGUAGAUUUCACAUUACUCUUCUUCUGUUCAGUACAGCUGAUUACAGAGGGAGUCAUAAUAUGACUCCAGAAAUUCUGGAAUUGGAAAUUGAGAAAAAAUAAACGUUUUGUCAUUACUGGUGUUCAACAAGUGCAACCUAAAAAGUCAAAUAACUCUAUGACUUAAACUGGUACAGAACAUUAAAAUAAGAAUAUUUCGUGAUGAACGUGUAAAGAAAUUUUACAAUUUCUUCGAGGUCAGCAGUCCAAUCCCAAGAGCUUGGGCAAACACUUUGAUGAGAGAAAAAAGCAUGUUAAUAAGACUUCUGGAGCUUGAUGUUCAAAGCAGUUUUAAGCAGCUAAAGGUCUCUACUAAACUGUUAAGAGAGUGUCUCUGUAAGAGCGGUCCGGUCGAUUUUGCUUGAGACACAGAUUUAGCUCAUUUCUUGUGUGUUGUAAGACAUUCAUGUACCCACAGGCGGCCCAAGCUCAUUUCAUGAACGCGGACGUGACUCUUGCUUGCGAGCGGUGUUGUGUUACAAACGGUUAUUUACAAAGGUUUGUAUGGGAUACAAACGGUUUUUCUUAAAAGAGAGAAAAAAUGUAUUUUUUUUAAAAUAAAAUCAACUUACCUUAUUGCUCUGUUGUAUUCUUUGUUGUUUGCUCGCGUCUCAGGCCGUUUUGAAGUGUUUUCGGCGAGUUAGAGCUAUUUUGGUGUUCCACUGCUAAAAGAAAGACUUUUAGCAGUGGAAUAAGGUAAGUUGAUUUUAUUUAAAAAAAUACAUUUUUUCUCGCUUUUAAGAAAAACCGUUUGCAUCCCAUACAAACCUUUGUAAAUAACCGUUCGUAACACAACACCGCUCGCAAGCAAGAGUCACGUCCGCGUUCAUGAAAUGAGCUUGGGCCGCCUGUGAUGUACCUAUGCUAAAACCACAAUCCGUUUGAUCGGAUCUCCUUAUUUUUCAGAGUUUUGCAGAAAUUAAAUUUCACUCGAGCGAAGGCUUGUCGUGACACUUUUCAAGACGUUAAUUUGAGGCAACUUUAGCGGACAAUUUAAAAAAACUACGGGACUCAGCAAAAAAAAAAUAUCACAACCAUGUAUGUUAACUCUAUCUUAUCCAUCGAGGCAACUUUCGUGAACAUCACGUUUCAAUCAAGCAAACAGGAAGACUUGAACGACACCUUAUCGGUUCGCUUAAGUCACACACGCGAAAACCGAUCAAAUUCAAGGUAAAUUUUUGAAAAAGUGAGGCGUUCUUAACUGAUCCAACUAAUAUAGCUAGGAAGUAGGUGCCACAGAAAAGGUAAAUACAGAAAAAAAACUUUGCGGCCCGACCUUUGCUAAAACUUUAUAACUCCGUGAACUUACCUAAUUUUCGGCAAUCUCCAAGUUUGACCGCCAUUUUGAGGGACUUGUCAACGUGAAGCGUAGCAGAUAUAAACCGAGCAGGUAGAUCUAAAACCGUCGGAAAUACAUAAGAAAACAUUCAAAUGAACCUCACUUUCAAUUCAAGGGGCAAAAUUUGAACUUGUUCGUUAAACCUACCAUUCCUACAUCCCCAUGCGACCAUUUCUUCCAGCAAUUCAAUGUGUUAAACCACUGGUUAAACACUACAACUAGUGUUCGAAUUCCCCUCGUCGAUUCCACCGCGGUGUGCGACAAACGCAGACUGCAGACUUGCAGACUGGCAGGUAAACGAGGAAAACUUUGUUGUGGAAUGCUUUAACAGAGUCCCUAUCCCUAAAGUUAAAGUCAUUUAAAAGUUUAGUUUAGGGAUAGGGAAUCUGUUAGAGCAUUCUACAACAAUGUUUACUUCGUUUAUCUGCCAGUCUACAGUCUGCGUUUGUCGCACAGCGAUUCCCACCGUAAGAAAUAACCUGUGCCACCCAAGCUUCGACUCGAAUGUGAAAUACGAAUCAAAUAACAUAACUGCUUCAUCUUCGAGGUCAUAUCACGCUGGUAUUUUGAUUUUCUGAUCGACAAGAACGGUGAUUAGGAAGUGAUCGCCAUGUUUACCUCAUAAACGUGACCGCUGACCAGCCGCUGAGUGAAAACAGUACUGCGCGGGGUGGGGUGGGGUGGGUGGUGGCUUAUCGUUUUAAGAUAUUCGAAUACAUGCUAAAAAAGCUUUAGGACUCUCAGUCUAAACAGUGAAGGCAUGCUUCGUGGCACAGACAACUUUUAUUUUAUUCUCAUAACUUUUUCCUUUCAAUUAGAACUAGUAUUAAUUAAUAGAGUUAUUUUAACAUGUUUAACCGAGGUACCCAUAUGAGCUAGCGCGCCUCCCAAAGAAAAACGGAAGAAGGACCCAUACCUGAUCGCAGGUUAUGAAGUUUAUGUCUGUGUUAAGGAGGGAGCUUGAAGCAUUUGAUAAGCCUCCAGGCUUUCGAGUUGAGUUUCCUCGCCAGAAAGUAUUAUUUACAUGAAUAUAAUGUGUAUUCAAAUUGUAUAAAUUGAUAUUUUCUAGCAAAUUGAAAUAAAACCGAAUCACUCUACUAUCUGUUGAUGAUGUAAAGUAUAAAGUAGAUUCAUGAAUUUCUCAGCAGUGGUUCAAAGUGAAUUUAAAUAUUCCAAGUAAUAAUUAGUUUUAAACUGGAGCUCCUGAAUAUACAUAUAUUGAUUUUAUGUUACAGCUUUAGAUGUCCCCCACAAACGUCAAAGACAAGACUCUCAGAAAGAAACCAGGAAGAAAGUUCAUCCUAAACGGCUGCCGAAAACCAAAAACACUUCCAAGGUUAUUGAAUUUAGUGCGACAUUAGUUUACUACUGAAUGAUCUUAGUUUGCUAUUUGCUGAACUAAUGUCGAAAUUAAUCAUGAAUCCAUGACCAGUUAAUAAAAGUGUUUUUCUUCGCUUUUAUAUAUAUAUAUAUAUAGGGAAAAAAGGGAACUGAGAGAGGUGCAGUAUAUACGUCAACGAAAACCGGUAAGAAGGCAAAGUUUGGUACAUACUUCCUAGUCACUAGUCUCUCGUCUUCAGUAAUUUUUAUUUCGUUUGGUUAGCAGUAUCAAGGCCUGAAGGAAGUGACAUUGCUAGACCUUCUAAUCUCAGCCUGGCACAGUGUGGCUCAGGAUUUAUGAUAUCAAGUAGUAUGGAUUCCCAAUCGCCAAGUACAGCAUCACAAAUGCAAAACACCCAGAACACUGACUGUUCUCCUGGGGAGCGGUCAGAAAAAGAAGACUUAAAUGAUGAUUCAUCUACCGACUUUAAAGGUGAUGUUACACGGGACAAUUUGCAAGGAUGAUUUUUAGUGCAGCGCAGUGUUGCAAUGUUGGAACAAUGUUGCAACCAUCUGUAAUAAGGUUGCGACGCUCUCAAGUGUUUUGUGCUAAAAAUCGUCGUUGUGAAUGGAAGUUUUUUUGAGGUUUACCAUUAUGCAGUUUUAGGAUACAUUUAGCCUGCGAGCAAGCUCUCUGGAGCACUCUGGCGGUGGGGCGGGAAAAGGAAGGAGAGCUGGCGACUACGUCUCUUGAAUUUGAAUAUCUACAUCAAAAAAAAGUUGAGGCGAAAUGCUGAUUGGCGGGGAUGAUAUAAAUAUUUUAGUAAUGACGCAAUUACCCCUGGCACGUGUUUUCAAUGUUUGUUUACAUUUGCGCUCGUUUCUGCUUCUCGCUGAUUGGCGUAAUUCUGACAGCUCAGUUGACGGGGAGCCACAGGGGAAUUAGAGGUGGAAUUCAAUUUCCAGAGACGUAGGUGCAAGUUGCCUGCGUCACAGACGCUCUAAACUUUCUGUAUAAAAUAUUCAGAUCGUUUAGACGAGUGCAUGGGCCGGUUCAUGAUGCCCCCCUUCUUUGCACACGCUUUAAAAUUAAUGGGAAAUAAGGAAAUGUCACGGGUUAUUUUAAGAGGCAAACAAGUGAUAAAAUUUGCCAACACGAGUCAUCGCUGUCGAAUUUGUUUAUUCUCGAAAAAAUAGCAAUAAUCACUACAGCCAUAAUUUUCUAUAUCGUCUAGAAUAAACAAACUGGACUGCGAUUUCCUGUAUUGACAGAUUUUAUCACUUGUUUACCCCCAGAAGUAACGUGACAUCGCUUUUCUCCCAUAACCUGUGAACAGACUCUCUGUUUAGGGAAAAAAGAGUGAAGAAAGGGAAGGGAAAGGGGGAGGAGAGCCUGUAGACAAACAUUUGAGGCCGUUAUUCCGCCCUCUUGUAAUUAUCCUGCCGAUCAUCUGUCAUUAAGAUCGUUAUCUGUCAAUCAAUUUCGCACGUGAGCAACUCCUGGGAAAAUUAAUGGGAAAUGAGCGGUGUUUUGCUCCGUCUGAAAACAGACUGAAAUGGAGCGCGAGCCUCAUUGUCGAUUUUGCAAAAAGUCGUUGAUCUCCGGCAAGAGAAUUAAUACGGUGCCGGAGAAAUAAGACCUUGCUGGUUGACAGUGGUCUAGACAGGCAGGGAGGUCGUUUGGAAGGCACCCCGUGUCUCUACAGAGUUGGUCGAUGUAGAUGGUUGCAGGGCGACCAACCCCCUUUUACCAUGGUUAGGUGACCAGAGUAGAAGAUCGCUCGCGAGUUCUUGUUUUGCUCGGCAGCAGUGACCUGCAAAGCGCAUUCUUCGUUCACGUAAGAUUGUAGAAAUGUCAGGGAUGGGUCCAUGAAGCUGCAGUUUGGUUGAUCAUCUUAUAUACUGGUUUUGUUUCUAGUUGAUUUCGCAAAUAGCUACAACGUAAAUGACAUGAUGUCAUUAAAUGUAAUCCAGCUAAAGUCAUGCUCUCGUUUACCAAUAUUUUGAAACGUUCAUUCCUUAAUUGAGGUUUUAUUAUAUUCUUGAAAAUAUUGUUUCACAGAAUCAAUAAAAUUUCCAGACGCACUUCACGAUCUUGGUAAGGAUGAAAGCUUUCUAGUGGUUAGUUUAUACAAUCAAAGCUGCAUUAAGGGGCCACCCCAAGGCAAUGGCUCACUCACCGUUUUAAACAGGUAGACCGUUAAAUAUACAGGUUUGGCAAGCCCUUAAGAAUUAUUGAAGAAAAUAGAGACAGUGAAGGAACGAAAUGUCUAAAGACUAUCCCACGACAAAUUGACCUUAAACUGUUUCUUCCUCUUCUUGUGCCUAAAAAGGAAGUAAAAGGUCACUUGAUGCGCAGUGGAUGUUACACCAGUAUGGUACAUCCUCUCAAAGCGACCGUUUAAUAGAGGUGGAGGGGAAAAAAGAAUACUUUUUGGGACCUCGGAAAAGGUGGCCGCGGCGGCUUUACUUAGUUAAUAGAGGUGACCUCUUAAUACAGGUUAGCUUUAAAGUAAUUAAGGGAAACUAUUCCUGGAACUUUGGUAAGUGACCCCUUGAUAAACGAUUACCGCUUCGUACAGGUCCUCUUAAUACAGGUUCGCCUCUCAUGACAUUUCUGUAUGCACUUAUAUGAUUGUACAUUAUUUCUCACUGUCUUAGCUAUCUCCCUUUUUUAUUGACAUAAAGUUAAAAAUAUCUGCUUUACUUGGACAGAAAAUGUAACUUAAGGUGACUCGACCCAGUUUUUUUUUUGGGGGGGGGGGGUACCAUCCUACUUUAAAGCUCUCUGGUAUCCCACCUUUACUUUUAUCGUAAGUCUAACACAUAUAAUGGAUAACAUAUAGAUCAAUCUACAAUAUAACAUAAAAUUUUUGGCGAUUGGAGUAAAUGUCACGUGGUACCCCCCAAAAAACUGAGUCGAGUCACCUUAAGUGUAAAAUCAGCCUGUUCCCGGCGUUCAGAAGUAAUGCUGUUGUUGUUAGUUGAUGAUGAUGAUUAAAUAUCAUUAUGGUGGUAAAUCCUAGAGCAAAAGCUAUUGAGCUUUUUUAAACUACUUCUUCAGUAACCCUCGUUUGUUACUUGUCUUCUGGAAAACAUUUUGCGAUUUUGUUACAAAAAUUGACAUUCCUCAACUUUCGACAGUUUUUACGGAGUACCGUGAAGACCUAGAGCGACUCUAUGGUGGGCUUCCUCCUGGCUGGUGCAUAAGUGGCAGAGAUGUACCAGACAUUUACGAGGUUAUGACAAGGCAGUUAUCAAUGAAAGAAUCUCAUGAAAUUGAUGCCAUACUUGCGGCAUCAAAUCUCUCAGAGGACCAAUUUCGCCAUAUAAAGAGCAUAGCCAACAAAUCAGUUCCGGGAAAGUGGAAUCCACUAGAACUAAGAAUUGCACUGGGAUUAGUUGCUUUAGCACAGGUGCGGAUCUUCAUUAGUUACCCAUUAAUUACUGAUACCGUAUAAAAGCUUUGAAUAUUUUUUAGGAAAAGACCCAGCUUACCUAUGGUACCGUUUUAGGCUGAUUUCUCAUCAACAUGGAGGAAUCCCCAAAGUAAACAAUUUUACCGGGCAAGACUUGCAACAGUAGAUCAGCCCUAAUAUAUUUUGCAAAGGAAUGCAAUUUCGGAUCAACAUAACUGUUCAUUUUCUCGGAUUAACAUCUUUUUUUCGAGUGGUAUCUGCUGUAUUUGUUGUACAAGCCUCAGGAAAUACCAGAAAUUAGAUUUUUAAACCAUUUACGUACGACACGUAAACGCUGAAUCACUAUUUGUCGAAACCUCGGUCACCAUCACCGAACAAACUCUUGAAAACUAAACUUGGCAGGCCACGUUCAAAGUCUGUUUUGUGCUUGGUAUACUUGUAUACAUUUUGUCGAUCAACCAUCUGUUAUUUAAAAGUUCAUGCUAAUAUAGUCUGGUGUGUUUUUGUCAACAGAAAGGAAAGGAGAAUGAACAGCCCACUCUAGAAAAAUUGGCGGCCUGUAAGACAGUUCCUAUUCCCACCUUUUAUGGAGAUAUUGGGCAGGUACAUAUUAAGUUACCGUAAAACGGGCAGCAAUCUCGUACAACUUGCUUCGCCGUGUUGCUGCAAAACUAGUCGAAAAUCGAUGUUUUGCGUUUGACCACCCAAGAAUCAAAACUUUCUAGCAACAAAUCAGGUUGUUGCAGGUUAAAACGAAUUGGGGGGAGAGAGGGAGAAUGGAAGGAGAGAAGGAAGAGAAAUAUUCUAAGUCAAGGACCGCUUUAAACAUUCGACCUUGUCCUUAAUUUCUUAGGAGACUGAGAUUCAUUUUCUUCAAAUGACUUUUCCUUUUGCCUUACUAAGGCAUAUUACUGUUUGAAUCUGAUAUUUGUAAUAAAUGCGUUAGCUUUUGUUCGUUGAUGGAAGUGCAAGAGAGUAAACAAACCUUGAUAUCUCAAUAUUUCAAUUAUUUUUCAGCAACUUAUGACCAGCGCGGGAGACAGUGGUGAAGAAAGUGGCUGUUUCACAGAAGGUAAGGUCAAGGAACUUCAGCUUGGCUCAUACACUUGAUAUAAGUGCAAUUAUCUUUUGCCUAUGUAGCUUUCAGAAGCCCCUUGGACAGACUCAACUGUGUCAUAAGUUUAAAACUACCUCUUACUUUAGAUUGCUUUCCGUGAAGGAUCUAAAAGAGCCUUACUUUUUUUGUUUUUUAAUCUGGAAAAAAGUCUUUUCAAUUAUUAUCAUUGUAAAGGGCCCACCUUCAAAUAUAUAAAAUCUAUUCAAUUGUUUCGAUAAUUUUUUCUCUUUUGUUCGUGGUCAAGGUAAAGGGGUAAGAGAAUGAAUCCUAUAUAUGGGCUCUGUUCCUUAGGUGUCCCUCUAACUUUAUUUUUAGAUCUUCUCGAAAUUCGGAAAUCCUUGUAGCUCUAGCUAAUACGGCCAAUAACAUCUAAUUAUUUUUCUUUCACUUGGACAGAUACAAGUUUUUAAAAUGCGUCACACCAAUAGAUAUGGUUUGACCUUUUGAACCGUUCUUGUUUUUACUGCUGAUCAUUACAAGCUACGUCCACUCUUAAUGGAUUCAGAUUCCCUGCUUGAUCCUGUCUCCAGUUAGGGAAUAAAUCAGUGUUCACAGUUAGAUCUUCAUACUUGACGUAUUGACCUUUAAAUCUGACCAACUUACAACAAUAGCAUCGCCAAUAAUUGUAAUUCCCGGCAUUGCUUUUGAUCCUACUCUAUAAACUUUAAACCAAGGGAACCAAGAACAAGAACCUGAAGAAGAGCCUUCUAUUACCAUCAAGCCAGAAAGAGGUCCUGCUGAGGUAUGUUAAUAACCGCUCUCAUCGAUUGUGUACAUUACUCAACGAUAUGUGUUAAGUGUUAGUUAUUAUUGGAUCUUGGUUGAAAAACAAUGGAUAGCGUCCCCUGAUCUUUUAGCAGACAUCGAUUUUCAAUAGUUGUACUGUUAAACCCGGUUAAUAUGGACAUCGUAGGGACAUGCUAUAGUGUUAGUUUCAUCCGGGUGUCCUUAAUAAGCUGGCUCUCAGAAAAAAAGCGCCAAGGGCACAUGUCUUAUCGAUAUAGUGACUAAUACACUUAUCAAUUGAAAUCCUGACCCCCCAUCCCCACCCCAGGCCAAGGUGGGGGAAUAUGGGGAAUUUGUGUGGUAUUUGAGAGCACGGUUUGCCCGUGUGGGGUGGGUGAUUUCUCAGGAUUUGCUUUGCCCAUGCAUGCAUUGAAGUGGGGGAUUGAGGUGGGGAUUUGACUGGUGCCUAGUUUCCUCAGGGUUAUUUCUUCGGGAGACAUCCUCCUGGAAAUGCUGAGAAUAAACCUUAAAGAAAAUUCUUUCCAAUUUAAUGGAAAGCACUACCUACAAACCCAUGGUACUGCCAUGGGCACAAAGACAGCAGUUUCCUUUGCCAAAGUCACUGAGACUGUGUUUUUAGACACGGUUGUAUACCGGCAAGGUACAAGAUUCAAGGAAAAAUCUAUCCUUGACGUAAAGACAUUUUAAAAAAAACGGAAACUUUUCAGUACACACAUUUCACCUCUCCUCACCCGCCAAGUGUUAAAAAAGGAUUUUUCAAAGGAGAAGCCUUGAGAAUGCUACGAACAAACUCAUCAGAAACAACGUUUAAGGAAAAUAUUUCACCAGGAAAAUAUUUGACCAGAGGUUCAGGGUUCUCAAUAGAAGGCGGCACCCGGCGAUUAAUCGCCACUUACUUUGGGAUUUAUAGCCUCUUACUUUGUGUUUAAGUCGCUUUUCUUUGCUUUGUUUUGACACCUCUGGCUUUGCUGAAGAGCCUCCUACUUUAUCAGUGAUCACCUCCUACUUAAAAAUCUAUUGAGAACCCUGGAGGUUACCUACAUACUUUGAUAGAGAACGUACUAUCAGAAAUAAAAUUCACACAACGGGUCUCUGCACUCCUGAAAAAAACAACAAUGAGGAAAAAGAAAUAUUGCUUUUUGUGACACAAUACCAACCCUCAGUGUCUUCUAUAAAAGAAGUUUUAAUGAAUAAAAGGAAUCUUAUACAAGACCAACCACUACUUCGCCAAAGUUUUAAAGAACCACCUAUCACUUUCUAAAAGAAAGGAAUAAUGAUAUCAUCAAAUGUUAACACAGGAUUUCACGCCGGUAUAGAUGUGUGGCCUGUCACCCCUUGCAUUUUCCCCCAUUGACAUAUUAUAUCUAUAUGUUGGUCUGUUAUCAUAUUUGGCUUUUGCUUUAGCUACUGAAAUUUGUACACUAAAGAAGUAGAAAACUCGAACGAAAUGUUAAUAAAGUCAGUCAGGGAGCAACAAAGGUUUCCCCACCAGGGUGGGGUUUGUUAAGAUUUGCAAUGAUGUCAAGUAAAAUCCUCACCUUUGUCCGGGUGUGUGUUGGGGGAGGGGGUUCGGGAUUUCAAUCGCAUAAGCGAACGUUUCAACGAGAAUGCGUUGCGCUUUUUGUUGCUACAAACGAAAUUGCCUGGUGUCCCCUCAUUUCCCGCGAAUUUUGCAAUGCUGGCGUGCGUCUCACGAAAAAACUUGUUACCAAACAACGACGGCUCAAAAGAAAGAAUUAUAUAACUCAGUCUUUGUUUUAAGACUAGAGUUCAGUAAUUUGAAAACAAUUAAAUGAAUAGCAGUCUAAGUAAUGUAUAGGUCUUCUUUUCUUCCUGAAAGAAAUCUGAUCCCAAGAAAUUCAAGCGUAUUUUUUAAUGAAAAAAAAAAAAAAUGAUACGUCGCGUCUUCCUUUAUCUUGUGUCCCCCUGUUAGCCUGGUGCCAAAAACAUCUCUCUUCUUUUUUUUUAAACACAUUCCUGAUAAAUCAGGUAUUUCAAACUCGGAAAUAGCUUGUGAUACUUCAUUUGCAAGAAGUCUUGGCGAACCGUAGGUAGUCAAGUUGAGUUUUAAUCCUGAGGUCAACUAAUGUCAUGUCACCCUAAGAAUAGGGUUAUUAAAUUUUCUUCCUAUUUCUUUCAAAGGGGGGUACCCCCUUCAACCUAGUAUUCAGGGACAGACCGAUUCCAGAGUCGGAAUUAUUGUUGCUAGAAUUCGGAACUGGAAAUGUCGUGAAAGCUGGCCUUUUACCGACCUCAAACGGGAUUUGGUAUGGAUCUACUCCACGUAAGUGUCUGAUAUCAGUUGAAAUAAUUAGAUAUGUGCUUCUUGGUACAGUUAUAAUUAUUAGAGACCUUUAGCAUCAGGUAAACCGCAAACCUUAGUUACGCGUUUGCAGUUUCGCGUUUCCGAGAUUUCAAACUUUAGCAAGGCGUUCAGUUCAGUUCAGUUCAGUUCAGUUUUAUUUAGCCAAAAUAUGAUACAAUACAAGAAUACAUAUAGGAAUUGUAAUGUUGCAAGGGAGCCCAGAGGAAACCAGAAGGCUUUAUGAAGCCUGGGCUCACCAGUCUCAAAGAAAUAAGCAAAAUAAAAUGAAAUUCGCGGAGUGAUACGUUAAAAAUAGGAACUAAAGAGAGACUGAGUUAAGUUAUGAAUUCAGUAACAAGAUAGAAAAAAAAUUUUAACGCUGGAUUGGAACAGAAUACUUUCCUUUCUUAGUAUGGCCGAAAGGAGUACACAAUUGAUUUGAACUACGCGUUCAUUGUUUAGGGCCGCCAUGUUGUUUUCAUCAAGUCGAAGUUUAUCACUUUAAUCGCCCAAAAAUCUGCAAUAAUUCAUUGAUUCGAGAUCAAAAAUCCAACAAACACAUCGCAAACGGAUAUAAAAAGCUUGUUCAUACCUUUAAACGCGAGGCUGUACAAUUUUUUGUGGCAAAUAGCAAACGUGACCACGACCACGUGACAUUUUGCGGUUUGCCGUUUGCAGUUUCCGAUGAAAAACGUGAUGCUAAGGGUCUCUAAUGGAGGAAAUUAACCGGCCCUUAAAACAACUCGUUUUGUUGUUAAAAGUUUAGGCAGAUGCUCUAGGUAUUCCUUCCGCGUUCGAAAUCUUCCUGGUGAGUUUCAGAUGAGUUUUAAUUAUUGGUGGAACUGAUACCAUAAAGUGGAUUUGGUAUUUAAAACCUUUUUCGUGCUUUCCGAUUUAUACUGGAUCACUUUCCCAUACUCGCCUUGAUUGUAAGUACCACUAAUACGGUGGGUAUUAUGUGCGUCAUCUCAGGCUAGGCAACUUAAUUUAACCUCCCCCAAGCAACCUACCCUGUCUGUCUGUCUGGCUUCGGUUUCGGUUAAGGUGUACUUUUGUUCUACUCUAUAGCCUUUAACACUUCAGGAACUGUCGAAGUAGACGUUACAAUUACGACACCAGAUGGGUCUGAGGUGGGAAAAACAAGUUUCACCUACUUUCGGAAUGAGGUUGAUGAAGCUCUCCUUGUCCUUACCAAAGAAUGGUGUCGGUGGGAAUGUAACGAGCAACCGGCAAAUCCAGAAAGAGAAGAGAGCAGUGCGAUAUCUCCUUCUUUGGGUGGGUAUAAUUUUUGGUUUAUAUAUUCUCAGGUGGUUCUUUAAAAACGUAUAUGUGUCAAUCUGAAUGCCAGCAGCAAAUAACCUUUAUCUUACAAUAAAUCCCAUAUAUAAAAAGUACAAACCCUUUCCGAGCUCCCUAAACGCACAUAGACUUGUUUCUUUUAAUUAUCGUUAAAUCAGUGAAGAGAACCUGGAAGAGUUUGAAAGUUAAAGUUAUUUACUCCGCUUCUCUUUAGAACUUUUCAAGCAGGAAGGAAAAAAUUCAGUUGACAUUCUAAGACGCUUGGUUUUCACAGCAGCGCGGGUCGGUGCAGAGCAAUUCAUAAGAAUAAUCUUUGGCACUUCAAAUGGGCGUAUAAUUUAUGAAACGUGCAAAUCUGAGUCCCUUUUCCCCGAGGACAUUGCUUCUGCUAAUGGGCAUGACAGUAUAGCAGCAUACCUUAUUUCCCAAACUAAACG